GAAAAAGAAGCGAGAAAGGCGAAGCGUCAAGUAAAAGUAGUACUGACAGGUACUGACGCUGUGGUGUGGCUGUUGUGGGUUAAUAUUUUUAAUUUUUUGUGAUUUGAGGGUUUUAUCCCAAACUAUAGUGAUUCUUUAAUGUGGUUAAAUAGGUUUUGACGUGCCUAAUCCCAAAAUAGUUUUAAUAUAGUGAAUGUAAGAGUAAUAUUUCGUGUAAGCACACCUAACGAAAUGAUUAACAUGGAAACAGAUAAAGUAAUCGAAGAUACAAACAGCAACUCACAGUACCCGCAGACGAUAUUGUACGAUCCUGCCCGAAAAAAAGAGCCUUCUUCAACAUACUCAGCAGAGCGAGACGCAUGUUUGAGAUUUUUCGAAAAAUGGAACGAAUCGGAUCAGGUGGAAUUCGUGGAAAAUUUAUUGGCUCGUAUGUGUCACUAUCAACACGGGCAUAUCAAUUCCUAUCUGAAGCCUAUGUUACAAAGGGAUUUUAUAUCGCUUUUACCAAAGAAAGGGUUAGAUCACGUGGCCGAAAACAUCUUAUCGUAUUUGGACGCAGAAAGCUUGUGCGCCGCAGAAUUAGUGUGCAAAGAGUGGCUUCGUGUUAUAUCUGAGGGUAUGCUAUGGAAGAAACUCAUAGAGAGGAAAGUGAGAACAGAUACGUUAUGGAGGGGUCUCGCGGAAAGGCGACAGUGGAUUCAGUACCUGUUCAAACCGAAACCGGGCGAAAACAUUCGGCCUCAUUCGUUUUAUCGCGCUCUUUAUCCAAGAAUCAUCCAGGACAUAGACAGUAUCGAAAACAAUUGGCGAAUGGGUCGGCACAUAUUGCAAAGGAUCAACUGCCGAUCAGAGAACAGCAAAGGCGUUUAUUGUUUGCAGUACGAUGAUCAGAAGAUUGUAUCGGGAUUACGAGAUAAUACGAUUAAAAUAUGGGACCGGCAUUCGUUACAGUCGACCAAGGUGUUGACGGGACAUACGGGAUCUGUGCUCUGUCUUCAGUACGAUGACAAAGUGAUAAUAAGCGGCUCUAGUGACUCGACGGUCCGUGUAUGGAACGUGAACAGUGGUGAGAUGGUCAACACUCUGAUACAUCAUUGCGAGGCCGUUCUCCAUCUAAGAUUUAAUAAUGGGAUGAUGGUCACAUGUUCAAAAGAUCGUUCUAUCGCAGUGUGGGAUAUGACGUCGCAAUCGGAGAUAUCGUUACGUCGAGUCUUGGUGGGACAUCGUGCGGCUGUGAAUGUGGUUGAUUUUGACGAAAAAUAUAUUGUGUCCGCGUCUGGGGACCGUACGAUAAAAGUGUGGAACACAUCGACGUGUGAAUUCGUGAGAACAUUGAACGGACACAAACGCGGAAUCGCGUGUUUGCAAUAUCGGGAUCGAUUGGUCGUGAGUGGUAGUUCCGACAAUACCAUUAGACUGUGGGAUAUUGAAUGUGGUGCUUGCUUGCGAGUCUUGGAGGGUCACGAAGAGUUGGUACGCUGCAUCCGAUUCGAUUCGAAACGGAUUGUAAGUGGUGCGUAUGACGGGAAGAUCAAAGUAUGGGAUCUUGUGGCUGCGUUAGAUCUACGAGCGCCUGCAAAUUCCCUAUGCCUUAAAACGCUGGUUGAGCACACGGGACGUGUGUUUAGACUGCAGUUCGACGAGUUCCAAAUAGUUAGCAGUUCACAUGACGACACGAUCCUCAUAUGGGACUUUUUGAAUUCCUCCCCUGACGUUAUUCCAAAAAGAGGCCAGUCAUGUACGCAAAUGUCGACACGAUCACCAUCCCCAUUUGAGUGAUUUCGCAAGCUCCUUUAUCAAACCGAUGGACCAGAAAUUAGUCGUACAUUCUAUAUAAACCAUGCCGAACAGCUUCGUGUGGGUGUGCUUGGUAAAAUCCCUAUUACGAAUAAACGAUUCUCUUCGAUUUUGAAAAGUUACCUUAAAAUGGCACAUUCCCCCAUAACCAAUCGACCGUCUUCUACUCUCCUCCUUUCCUCCUACUCACUUCCCAAUUCUGCGCGUUGUCUUAGUACAAAUUACUUAUUCGUAAAGUGUAAAUAAAUGCAUUAAACAAAAUUGUUUGCCGAUUAAACAAUGUGUCGUGUUUA